UCGGUUCUUAUCCCACUUCUGGUACUUCUCCGUUGCCACGCGCUCGGCUUGUUCACGUGUUGAAUGCCGCCGGAACUUGAGUCCCAGUUCGUCGUUUCCGCCCGUUAGCCACGCGCCACCCGUUGUAGUGUCGUGAACUCGCCGCCGCCACCGUGUCGUAAUUGCACUUUCGUGGAAUUGUUUCGCACGGUAUGAAGAUGGACCAGAGAUAGUACAGAAUUUUCGGAAUGGAUUGUCGAGGUAUCGUACACGUUCGCUGAUAUUCCGAAACUCCAGAACAGUAGCCCUGCACCAGUUCAUUCAUCCAAAGUUUCAAAAAGGUGAAGUUGCCUGCGGAGAAGCUUACGAGUGAAAAAAAGCGACAAAUUGUAUUCCGUUACCUCGAGGCUGAACUUUCCGUCGCAGUUAAGUUGGUUCCGCAGGUGGAAUUUCAGACGGCGAACGUUAACUGCGAUUGUGCAUCCAGUGAAUCGGAAAGUGAUUCGCCGAACCAUAUCCCGAUUCGCGGAGAGGAUAUUCCGACUAUCCCACACCCCGUUUCCCGGACAGGAUAUUCCGCAUCCCGAUCGUCGAGCCGAGCAUUCCCGGAAGGACUCCAAUAAGAUGUGAGGUUGUCAUUGGGCGCCCGGUCGGGGCGGGAUGGACGCGCUUGAGCCGAGGACGAACGGGACCGAAGUCGGGGUCGGCGUCGUCGGAGGGGAGGUGGGGGCGGGGGUGGGCUCGGUGUACCCCCGCCGGGACUCCCUCUACAUCGUCGUGCCCAUCACCAUCAUCUACGGGGUGAUCCUCAUCACGGGCACCGUCGGCAAUGUCAUCACCUGCUGCGUCAUCGCCCGCAACAAGAGCAUGCACAACGCCACCAACUUCUACCUCUUCUCCCUCGCCAUCUCCGAUCUCCUCCUCCUGGUCUCCGGCCUCCCGCAGGAGAUCUACAUGGUCUGGUCAAAAUAUCCGUACAUUUUUGGGGAAGCUUUCUGCAAGCUGCGCGGACUUGCGGCAGAGACGUCGACAAACGCGUCGGUGCUGACGAUCACGGCUUUCACGGUGGAGCGAUACGUGGCCAUCUGCCAUCCGUUCUUCGCUCGCACCCUCUCAAAACUCUCAAGAGCAGUCAAGCUCAUCCUAUGCAUUUGGGCCGUUUCCCUCGUCUUCGCCAUACCUCAAGCGCUGCAGUUCGGGAUCGUGGAGCAAGACCCGACGCACUCAACGCUCUCCGCGGAGCCGGGCGAGGAGAUGACCGCCUGCCAAGUGAAGAUGAUCCUCUUCGAGCACUCUUUCGAGUUCUCCACCUUCGUCUUCUUCUUCUUCCCAAUGACGCUCAUCUCCGUCCUCUACGCCUUGAUCGGGCUCCGCCUCCGCCGCUCCGCCUCCAUGCGCCGCAACGCCGCCUCCUCGGCCAACUCCAGCGAGGCUAACGACCUCCGCCGGAGACCUGGAAGCUGCAAGCAGCAGGCCUCCCAGAGGGUCCUCAAGAUGCUCGUUGCGGUGGUGGUGGCGUUCUUCAUCUGCUGGGCGCCGUUCCACGCGCAGCGGCUCUUCGCGACGUACGUGUUCACGGGGGAGUCCUCGUCGCGCUACUCCCACCUCGCCUACGCCGUCCUCACCUACGUCUCCGGCGUCUUCUACUACAUCUCCACCACCAUCAACCCCAUCCUCUACCACAUCAUGUCCAACAAGUUCCGCGAGGCCUUCAAGGGCACUCUCUCCAGUUGCUGCGUCCAAAGGCAGCGGCCCUACUCCCAGCUUUCUCUAAGGAAGGAGAAGCCUGGCCUGGCGCCGGAGAUCGGCGAGGACGCAACCCGCAACACGCAGACCUCGGAGACCAGCUACGUGGUCGUAGACUCGCACGAUGAUUGGUCGUCGGUGAAACGGGCGCAUCCCCCGCGGCCCCCGCACCUCCUCCUCAUCCGGGACCCCCAUACACCACCCCCACCGGCGGCGCCCCGGAGACCCCGCCACCGGCUCUACCCUUGCUGCCGGAGCUGCGGGCAGACGGACUACGUGGACCCCGGGCCCGGAUCACGGAUGGAGAUGGUUUACCAGAAGCAGGACCCUGCCAAACGGACGGGGGACGGCGCCACCCGCGGGGUCUACACGAGCAAUGAUGUGAGUAAUAGUAGUUUGAAGGACAUCGAGCGAGGCGCCCUCGAGGACGAGCUGGAGGCCUACAUGGCCGGCCUCGCGCUCAGCAGGUUGGACAAACCCAGCCUCAGAACCACUGUCUGAGCCAUCAGAUCUUAAAUCAAAUUCCAUCCAUGCAUAUAAGUUUUAUCAAACUAUUUGAGGGACUUCAGGGCGCAUAAAAGCAGUUUUUGCUACUUCGGGAAAUACGUUUUUGA